AUGGCGGAGAGUAAGUUGGACAUCACAGCAUUCAAGGACGGCAAUGCGCCGUCUAUAAAGAUUCAGAGUAAAUACGAUCUCGCAGACUUGAAGACGCAACUGGAGAAAACGCUGGAGAUUCCGGAGCCAAAAGAUGACGUUGCGCGGAAGUACAAGCAGCCGUACGCCUUCUUCACGCCCGAAGGCGCGAGACGAGAGACACUAGAGGACAUAAUGAACCAGAUCGUCUUCCUCUUCGAAGGAGGCCAGUUCAUCUGGCCUGGUAUUCGAAUUGGACAUCAGACUGUGGUCAAAGAAGUGGCGGGCAAAGGCGACGUGGUGCUCGAGACGCUGAGUCUGACUCCUCUGGUCUUCAGCGUGGACGAGUUCCUCAAGGACGACGAGAUCGACAUCAUCAUGGCCUUGUCGCUGGAACAUCUGAAGCCGUCGACUGUGACGCUGAUGGACGGACACGAGGACCGAGCAGCCACAGACUGGCGAACGAGCACGACGUACUUCCUGUCGUCCAGCAAGCACUCGAAGCUCGAUGAGAUUGAUCAGAGAGUAGCUGACUUGACAAAGGUGCCCGUUGAUCACCAAGAAGACGUGCAGGUGCUGCGUUACGAGGAGACGCAGAAGUAUGACCAUCAUACAGACUAUUUCCCUGUGGAACAUCACAAGAACUCGCCUCACGUGCUGGAAUCUAUCGACUACGGGUACAAGAAUCGAAUGAUCACAGUGUUCUGGUACAUGUCGGACGUGGCCAAGGGCGGACACACGAUUUUCCCGAGAGCGGGCGGUGCACCCAGGCCACAAUCGAUGAAAGACUGUAGCACAGGACUGAAGGUGUCACCGAAAAAGCGGAAGGUGAUCGUUUUCUACAGCAUGUUGCCCAAUGGACAAGGCGACCCGAUGAGUCUUCACGGUGGAUGCCCUGUAGAGGACGGCAUCAAGUAUUCCGGCAACAAGUGGGUGUGGAACAAGGUGAGGGACUGA